GCUGUUUUAUUUCCAUGGUUCUUAAAAACCUGUGGAGCCUCCGAAGAGUUUUUCUGGGUUUGACUUUCAAGUUCUAGACUCCUUUGGGACUUAAAAACAGGAUAUUCAUAAAUAGGUAGUUUUAUUAUAUUUCUUAUAGCACUGCACUUAUCUCAUCCUUCAGAGAUUCUGAAGACCAAGGGGCUGGGACUCAAUCCUAGGAUGAAUCUUUAUACCCAGCACAGAUACCCGAGUUCUUGUUUUUACCUAUGAGCAGGGCAUCAAGUUUCCAAACCCACUGUGAUCUCCCAGUUGGAGCAAGGAAAAGAACCCUGGAUGGCAAAAAGAAAAAGUCCAGUGUUGGAGACGAAACCUGAAAAUAAAAAGUCAACUCAAAACAACAGCAUUUCUGAAGAGGUCUCAUCCCAGGAAGUAAUAAGGAAAAGACUCACAAGGGGUAAAAAAUUGAAAAGUGAUGAUUUAUUAGGGAAUCUUCAGAAGGUACAGGAGAGAAAUUUGAGUCAGAAAACAUUACCCAAAAAUAAAAUCCUCACUGGAAAUAGAGAUCCUGAAUGUAAUGAAUUAGGAAUAGAUGUGAGUCCGAAUUCAGACUUUAUUGUACAACAAAAAGUUCCUAAAGGAGAGAGGGACCAUAUAAGUGGAAAGAAGCACAAAUGUUAUUCAGACACAAUUAAAUCAAAGAAAAUCCGUACAGAGAAGAAGCCGUAUGAAUGUAAGGAAUGUGGGAAGGCCUUCAGGUGGUGUGCAGAAUUCACUCAACAUCAAAGAAUUCAUACUGGAGAGAAACCCUUUGAAUGUAAAGUAUGUGGAAAAGCCUUCAGAUGGUGUACAGACCUCACUCAACAUCAGAGAGUCCAUACUGGAGAGAAACCCUAUGAAUGUACUGUAUGUGGGAAAACUUUCAGAUGGAGUACAGAUCUCAUUCAACAUCAAAGAACUCAUACUGGAGAAAAGCCCUACAAAUGUAGUGAAUGUGGAAAAUCUUUUAGUCAAAGAACAAAUCUUACUAGACAUCAGAGAACUCAUACUGGAGAGAAACCCUUUAAAUGCAUUAAAUGUGAGAAAACUUUUAGCCGGAGUACACACCUUACUCAGCAUCAGAGAAUACAUACUGGAGAGAAACCCUAUGAAUGUAAUGAAUGUGGGAAAGCCUUUAAUCGAAAUACACAUCUUAUUCGGCAUCAGAGAAUUCAUACAGGAGAGAAACCAUGUGAGUGUAAUCAAUGUGGAAAAUCCUUCAGGUGGACUACAGACCUUUCCCAACAUCAGAAAACUCACACUGGAGAAAAGCCUUAUGGAUGUAGAAAAUGUGGGAAAGCUUUCAGCCGAAGUACACAUCUUACUCAACAUCAAAGAAUACAUACUGGGGAGAAACCCUAUGAAUGUAAUCAAUGUGGGAAAGCCUUUAGGUGGCGUAUAGACCUUACUCAACAUAGAAAAAUUCAUACUGGCGAGAAACCUUAUGAAUGUAAUGACUGUGGGAAAGCUUUCAGUCAGAGUACAAACCUUACUCGACAUCAGAGAAUCCAUAUUGGAAAGAAACUUUAGUAUCUGAAUGAUUAUUAAAAAGAUGAAGCAGAGAUUUUACUCAGCAUUUGAAAAUUCAUUACUACAGGGAAAGCCUAUGUGCAUAAUUUAUAAGGAAAACUCAUAUAUAUGUGUUUCAAUAAGUACAAUGGGAACCUUGAGAAUGUAGUGAAUAAAGGCAAGAUUCAUUUAAGGCUGAUUCUUUCCUUAAUUAAAUAUUCUUAAAUCAAAAUAUCUCAAAUUGUUUCUAAUCAUAGUUUGUGAUUUUAUUUGGAGUAGUUGAAACAUAAAAGGGUACCCCUUCCUUUUUUAAUAUACUGGCUUUUAUAACAUAGAAAUAAUGUUCUACAAAGGCCUACAAGUUUCAGUAGGAACUAUGUUAAAUUUGGUUUGCAAAAAACAGUAAACUUCAAAUAAGCUUUAAAAUGUUUACAUUAAAAAUCAAAUUAUUAGACUUAAAAUUUUUUAAAUAAAGUAAUGAACUUUAAAGAAAAAUAACAUUUUAAAAGCAAUUGAAAAUUUUGGUAUUUUUGAAAAUUAAAUUUAAAAAUUGGUAGUCUUUACAAUGAGAUAAGUCAUAUUCCUAGAAAAGUUGUUAAAUUCUUGUCCAAUAUGAUCUACAUGUGAUAGGGUAUCAUUUUCAAAUAACAAAUUAAUGUUCAAUUUUUUAAUGAAAAUGAAAACAAGCCUUAUAUCUUAUCAACUAUAAUAUUAUAGUAUGUAGUUGUCUACAAUAUAUAUAAAUCAGUUGAACAGAGCAAAAUUGUACAAUCACAAAUUAAUGUUUUAUAAUUACUGUGCCACUACAUGAUUUUAUAAUUCCUAUUUUAUUUUUAAUAAAAAUAAAUUGAAAAGAGAAGUAACACCUUUUUUGAGUAAAUUUGGAUAAUUUAAGAUUGAAGAGAAACCUUUGAGAAGGCUUUGGGGGAGACUUUAGGACCCUUAAUAAUAACUCUUUUGAAAAAUUGAUCCAAUGAUGUUUAUUUUGCUGAUUCAUUUGUCUAACCAUCAAUUUUUUAUUUUAAUAAUUGAUUAUGAAAUGUAUCUUUAAAGUAGAACAAAUUUAUUUAAAAUAAA